AUGUUGUCUAGAUCAGAGAAGGUCCAUCCUGACGAGGUUGAUGUCUGUCAGCUCGGACAGAUCGGCCUGAGCAACCUCCUGUCCAAUCUCAGGCGCUGCUCCCUAAAGUCCUGGAUCAAGACCAACAUCAAGAAGAAGGAGUGCUGCUUCUACAUUCCCACGGAGAGAGAGGGCUUCUGCAAGUGUGGCUACCCCAAGGACCAUCAUGAGGGGGAGGCUCUGAAGCCCGAGAGGUUCCUGGACCAGGCGUGGGAGGGCCAGAACCACAUGCGCGAGGUCCCCACCGACGCCUUUGGGGACAUCGACUUUGGAGGCCUAGGACAGAACAUGGGCAAGUAUGUGCGCGUGUCCUCCGACACCCCGUCUGAUGACCUGUACCACCUGAUGACGGAACACUGGAAGCUCCGCCCCCCCAACCUGCUGAUCUCGGUGACGGGCGGUGCCAAGAACUUCUACAUGAAGACGCACCUGAAGGAGAAGUUCCGCAGAGGCCUCAUCAAGGUGGCACACACUACAGGUGCGUGGAUCAUCACUGGCGGCACCCACACGGGGGUGAUGAAGCACGUGGGGAUGGCGGUGCGCGACUACACCCUGAGUAGCAGCUCCAUCCGGGGGGAGAUCGUGGCCAUCGGGGUGGCCACCUGGGGCACUGUACACAAACGCACCUCCCUCAUACACCCAGAGGGCUGUUUCCCUGCCCACUAUUGGCUAGAUGAGCAGACCCAGGGUAAGCUCUCCUGCCUGGACAGCAACCACUCUCACUUCCUGUUGGUGGACGACGGCACCCACGGCCAGUACGGAGCCGAGAUCGACCUGCGCAGCCGCCUGGAGAAGCACAUCUCAGAACUGCAGCUGGGGAACCGAGAAAGUCACGUCAAGAUCCCUGUGGUGUGCGUGGUGCUGGAUGGAGGACAGGGCACUCUGAAUACCAUCUACAACGCCAUGUUGAAUGGCACUCCGUGUGUGGUGCUGGAGGGUUCGGGCCGCAUGGCGGACGUGAUCGCCCAAGUGGCCGGGAAGCCCGUGUCCCGGGUCACGCUGGCCCUGAUUCAGAGGCAGAUGAAGAGGUUCUUUGGACACGAGUACGAAAGCUUCUCCGAGAUCAAGGUCAUCGAGUGGGCCAAGAAGAUCCAGGACAUCAUUAGGAUGCCGCACCUGCUGACCGUGUUCCGUAUGGACGAGGACAAGAACAGUGACGUGGACGUGGCCAUCCUCCAGGCCUUCAUGAAAGCGUCCAGGAGUGAUGAGCGCGGGGGUCAUCAGGGCUGGGAGAGGCAGCUGGAGCUGGCCGUGGCCUGGAACAGAGUGGACAUCGCAGAGAGCGAGAUCUUCACAGAGGAGAGCCAGUGGAAGUCGAGUGAUCUGCACGAGGCCAUGUUCUCAGCGCUGGUGGGCCACAAGUCAGAGUUUGUGCGUCUGCUGCUGGAGAAUGGCGUGAGCAUCCCGCAGUUCCUGGGGGCGGAGGAGAAGCUGGGUGACCUCUACACCGCCAUGCCCAGCUGCUUCUUCCUCCGCAAGCUGGUCAAGCGGCUCCAGAGCGACAAGGGUGGCCAUCGAGGUGGAGGAGGGGUGGGGGUGGGGGUUAACAGUCCCGGCGGCGGUGUCCCGCGCAAGAGGAUCCCUCUGGCUGCCGUGGGGGAGGUGGUGAGGCAACUGCUGGGGAGCUUCACCCGGCCCAUCUACACGCCACCGCUCUCACACGAGGCCAGCAAGCAGGCUGAGGAGAACCCCAGCAACACUGUGAAAGAUCCCGGGAGAGAUCUCUUCCUGUGGGCCAUUCUACAGAACAACGCAGAACUGGCUCAGAUCGCCUGGGAACAGUGUAGAGACAGCAUAGCGGCCGCUCUGGCCGCCAGUAAGAUCCUGAAGAAGCUUGCAGCGGAGUCAGAGGACGACAAUGAAGACGAUGCCAACGACAUGAGAGAACUUGCUAACCACUACGAGAGACAAGCCAUAGGUGUGUUCAGUGAGUGCCAUAGCUGGGAUGAUGAGCGAGCGGAGAGACUGCUGAUACGGAUGUCUCCCUCCUGGGGUAGAACCACGUGCCUGCGCCUGGCACUGGAGGCAGGAGACAAGAGCUUUGUGGCACACUCUGGCGUUCAGGCUCUCCUGACCCAGAUCUGGUGUGGCGAGCUGGCGGUGGACAACCCUCAGUGGAAGCUGCUUCUCUGCAUGCUCUUCUUUCCCCUCAUCUACACUGGCUUCAUCACCUACAGGCGAGAUGAGGAUAUUGAGAGAGAGGCCAUGAGGAAUGAGGAGAUGUUGGCCUUGGAGUCAGUAACGGGAAGCUCAGUCGACGCCAGGCUAACCCCAUUCCAGGAGCCGGGGGACGGUAAGCAGCUGGCGCCCCUGUCGUGGCUGGGGAGGCUGGGUGGCUUCUACACGGCGCCCCAGGUGAAGUUCUUCUGGAACAUCGCCUCCUACUUCGGCUUCCUCUGGCUCUUCUCCAUCGUCCUCAUGAUCGACUUCCAGCCCACGCCGUCCUGGAGGGAAUGGCUACUCUACGUCUGGCUCAUUUCAUUAGUCUUUGAGGAAAUCAGACAACUUUUUGACGACCCUGAUGGAUUUGGCUUCCGGCGGAAAUCCAAGAUGUACAUUAAAGAUUUGUGGAACAUGCUGGAUGUCCUCUCCAUCCUGCUCUUCAUCGCAGGCCUCGCCUGCAGAUGGACCACCCGAGCCUUUUAUGCUGGAAAGGUCAUGCUCUGCAUCGACUUCAUCAUCUUCUGUCUCCGUCUGAUGGCCAUCUUCACGAUCAGCAGAACUCUUGGCCCAAAGAUCAUCAUCGUCAAAAGAAUGAUGAUGGAUCUGUUUUUCUUCAUGUUCCUGUUGAGUAUCUGGGUGAUAGCCUAUGGGGUGGCCAAACAGGGCAUCCUAAUCCAGAACGAGGACAGACUGGACUGGAUCGUCAGAGGGGCGGUGUACGAGCCCUACCUGAUCAUAUUUGGAAACGUCCCGACCAACAUCGACAAUGCUGAGUUUGACAUGUCGACGUGCACUGUGAACGGUACGGAUCCCUUGCGGCCCAAGUGCCCCGUGCUGAAUGACGACCACAGCCCCGCCUUCCCAGAGUGGCUGACCAUCAUUAUGUUGUGUGUCUACCUCCUCUUCGCCAACAUCCUGCUGCUCAACCUCCUCAUCGCCAUCUUCAACUACACGUUUCAGGAGGUGCAGGACAACACGGAUGCCAUCUGGAAGUUCCAGCGGUACGAACUGAUUAAGGAGUACCACAGCCGGCCCGCUGCCCCGCCCCCCUUCAUUCUCCUCAGCCACGUCUUCCUCCUCUUCAGGCGCCUCGUCAUGCGCCAAAAACCACAGAAGCACAAGCAGUUCCGGGAGGAUCUGGAUAAGUAUCACAAAACUGAGGAGGAGGAGCUGAUGUCCUGGGAGGCCUUCAUGAAGGAUAACUACGUGGCCACCCAGCGACAGGAGAGGAGCGAGAGCAUGGAGAGACGCAUCCAGGAGACAGCUGAUCGGGUUGGCAGCAUGGCGGAGGUGUUGGAGCGGGAGCAGGACAAGGCCUCCAUGGCAAAGCGCCUGGUCCAACUGGAGGAACAGGUGUCCCAGUCUACUAAAGCACUGAAAUGGAUCAUGGACACCCUCAAAGCCCAGGGCUACCAGACCAAAGAAGAACCUCCUUCAAUGUCCAGAAGUACAGAGAGCGAUGGAGAUGACGAGUGUGACGGAGAGGUGGAGAAGAGGCAGUACCACUUUUACGCCCGCAGCUUCCUCUACCCGGGCACCAGCAAGAAACGCUUUCCUGUUCCUGAGGAGAAAGUGCCUUGGGAGGUGGACUUCACACCUUACAUAGCUGAGGCUUACAGUGCAGAGCCAGUCACCAAAGCGGAGGAGUUGACUUUAGACAACUACAGGAAUCCAGGGGGUCGUACUGGGAUACGAGGAAGAGGGACGCUACAGUGCCUGGGCCCAAACCCCAUCCUAGACCCAGUCCUCACUCACUGGCAAGAUAAAGAUCAUUCCGUUCUGCAGUUCUUGGCUGUCUGGAAUGAAGCUGAGGGAUGCUGGUCUUUACCAGGGGGGGCAUUAAAAACAGGAGAGCCGCUUCCAGGCCGACUGAAGAAGCUCCUGGGAGACAAGCUAUACCAGAGGAUCAAGGCCAAACUAGGGGAUGGAAGCCGACACAACACGGUGUAUGAGGGCUACGCUGAUGACCCCAGGAAUACGGACAGUGCUUGGGUAGAAACCACCGUUCUCAACAUCCACUUGGACAGUGCUGGAUCCCUCAUGAAUGAACUGAAUCGAGCGGUCGCCGCCAGCCAACUAUUAUCUGAACGGAUCCAGUGGAAGGGGGUCAGCAGCAAGACGCCAGUGCACACAUACCAAAGAGAAGCCCUCCGAUUGGUUGCCAAACUCCACCAGACGCCAUUCUGAUUCGCACAAUACUUUCCUCCUCCCAGCCACGGAUCGGACGUCUACCUGACUUUGUUGAGGAGCACUGCUAGGACAUUUGAAAUGCAGCAAUAACAAAGUCAAUGCUGUUUUCAAACAUAUGAAAACAAACAAACAUUAUUUUGUAUAUGUAAAUUGAUAUGUAGAAAUGCAGAAUGUAUAUUGUGUAUUGCCAACGUGAAUGUACAAACCUGUUUAGGAAACUGUGACAUACUGAGUGCAAAAAAGGAAAAAGUAAUUUACAAAAAAAAGACACUAUAUGCACCAGCAUCUGGCCACUUUGCUUGCAGAGAAAAAGGACAUUCGUAUUUUUUUAAAUACUCUCCGUGCCCUCCCUUGGCUUGGCAAGAUUUACAUCCAGAUAAACGUCUAUACACGGUUAAAUAUUGGACACACACAGCUCGACCUUAUAGCACUUUACUGUAUAAGACAACACUGUCUUACUGUCUGCUCAAUGUCAUAUAUCCAGUCCAGUACACAUCAGUAUGCAUCAAUGAAGGGUCAAAAACCUCUGACUUUUAUUGCUGUUCUAUUUUUCAUCCAUUCUCUCAUUCAUAAUCCGUUGGGUGUCCCUUUGACAAAGUUUACAGGAGGUGGGAAUGAAAGACUGUGAAUAUUGUUUAAUGUUGUCUAUGCAACUUGCUCAUGGGAGCUGUGUUAGUCAAGGGAAUAACAAAAUUAUUUGAGAAAG